AUGACAUCGCUUCUUACGACGGGGCUCAACCUCUCUUUCAAAACCCACCGUCUCAAGCUCUUAUCUUGCUCAACAGAAUCGCCUUCUCCUUCCAUCGCUCGCAAGCUGAUCAAGGACUCAAACCUCUCCAGAGAUUACAGUAGAAAGAUCAAAGUCGUAGACUACGCUCCACUAAUCAAAACCUUAACCCAGAGAAAAUUACCCGAUGUUGCACACGAGGUGUUCACCAAAAUGAAAUCAGAAAACUUUCUGCCAAACUAUAGAACCCUCUCAGUUCUAAUCCUCUGCUUCGCCGAAAACGGCUCUCUUCUUCAAGCACGUACUCUCUGGGAGGAGGUAUUAAACAGCUCCUUCGUGCCUGAUCUCUUCCUCAUCUCAAACCUCAUCUCUGCUUACGAGCAAACUGGUUGUUUCAGCGAAAUCGCCAAAAUCAUCAAGGACGUAAGCGCAAGGCAUCCUAAGCUGCUUCCUUCUGUGUGUUCACUCGCUAUAUCCUGUUUUGGGAAGAAUGGUGAAUUGAAAUUAAUGGAGGACGCUAUAGAUGAAUUGGAUUCAAAGGGAAUCUCUUUAGACUCUGUCACUGCUAAUGCAGUUCUCAGAUACUACAGCGUUUUUGGUACUUUGGAAGAAACCGAGCAGGCUUAUGGCAGAGUUAAGAAGUCUGGAGUCAUGAUGAAAGAAGAAGAAACAAGAGCUGUGUUGUUAGCUUACUUGAAACAAAGAAAGUUUUAUCGGCUGCGUGAGUUUUGUUCAGAGGUUGGUCUUGGUAGAAGAAGAGACCUAGGGAAUUUGUUAUGGAAUGGUGUGUUGCUGUCGUAUGCAGCUGAGUUUAAGAUGAAAAGCUUGCAGAGAGAGUUUGUUGGCAUGCUUGGUGGAGGAUUCUCUCCUGACCUAACCACGUUUAACAUCAGGGCUCUUGCGUUUUCUAAAAUGGCUCUCUUUUGGGAUCUCCAUCUCACUCUGGAACAUAUGAGACGUUUGAGCGUUGUUCCGGAUCUUGUGACUUUUGGAUGUGUGGUUGAUGCGUACGUGGAGAGGAGACUAGGGAGGAAUUUGGAGUUUGUGUAUAAGGGAAUGAAUUUGGAUGAUUCUCCUGUGGUUUUGACCGAUCCGCUUGUGUUUGAAGUGAUGGGGAAAGGGGAUUUUCAUCUUAGCUCGGAAGCUGUUUUGGAGUUUGGUCGGCGGGAGAAAUGGACGUAUAGGAAGCUGAUCGGAGUUUAUCUCAAGAAGAAGCUGCGAAGAGACCAGAUUUUCUGGAAUUACUGA